UCCAAUAUGGCGCUGAAAGAGAGAAAUCCAUUUUGAGAAUGGAUCCAAAUAUCUACAGGAUGGCAAACCGUUAUCCAGCUCAAGAUAUCAAUGCUUUACUCUCAGAACAAGGCCUUGUUCCAGGUCUAAAUCUUGGAAGUUCUUAUGUGAAUGCUGGAAUGCAGGGUGCAUCCAGACCAUUUGCAGCUAUGUCUGGCUAUGGUACACACACCCUGCAGGAUUCCCAUCUACAAACCAUUGCAGCAUCCAAUACCUACAAAGGACUAGCAGUUGGUCAGAGCACAUUUCCAAAUCCAUAUGCUGAUCUUCGCAUAUCACCCCAAUCAAACAAUGUUCCUGUUUCUAAGCCAUUGUUUUCGCAAGAGAAUGUUGCAUCACUCGCAUCAACUAUAGACACACAAAAGUGGGGUUUGUCCAGUUUUCUUUCUCAAAAUCCAAAUGUUUUGCUGAAUGCAAAUGUUAAUGAACUCUCAGAUUUCUCAAGUCCUUCGUUGCUUAACCCACCGCCAGCUCAUGUCUCGAAAACUUCACCUCUCAGCCAAAGACUGCCAUUCAGUGGAACAGAUAUGUUUCCCCGUACCACAAAGUCUCCACCAAUCCAUCCACAGUAUGACCAAAGACAAGCAGGAACACCAGUUUCCUCACAGGCAAUUUUCCAAUACCACCAACAACAGCCGGUGUACCAGCAAAAACAGACCCUGGUGGACAAUUAUGAGGCUGUGAGUCCCGCUACUACCCCUGAUCUCCCCACACAGCAACACCAGGUCCAUCAGCCUCAUGCCAAUUACCUUUCACUUCAAGAUCUGGCUUCUAUAAGUUCCACACAGCAGAAACUGGAGGUUUGCAACUCACCACAGCAACCUCAGCAGACUAUUCAGAAACGACCAUCGCCCAUCGUUCCGGACAGACAUAACAAAAUGCAUCAACACAAACUACACAAACAGCAACAACAACAGCAACAACAACAGCAGCAACAACAGCAGCAGUUGAUGUCUCAACAACAUGAAAUGUAUAAUGGUGGUAAUCAGAUGCAUCAAAGUCCACAGCAGUCCCCUAUAAAUGUGGCCAGCCCCCAUAUGCACAUGGGCAGCCCUCCAGCCCCUAUGCCUAGCUCAACCAUCAAUCAAGCACCACCCCCUGUGCAAGCUCCUGCUGACUCAACAACAAAACCGAAAAAACCAAGACAGAAGAAGAAGAAAGAUCUGCAAAAUAAUGAAAUCAAGAAUGACAAUGUAGGGCAAACCUACAGCCCUCAGACCAUUCUUACUGCCCCAGAUCUGUCUCAGAGAGGAAAUGGAAAUGAUUUUGUACAACAUGGGUUCAUUCAACAACAUAGAAAUCAGCAGCAGCCAUUUACUAAUGGAAAUAUAUCAAACUCUGCUCAAAACUCCCCAUUAUUCAGCUCACCAAUGAAUCAGUCUUAUAAACCUCCGACACCCCAUCAGCAGCAGCAACAAGCACCGAAUUAUGCAAAGAAUGUGCCUUCAUCCCCGACAGUUCAACAUUUACCCAAUCAUCAGAACCUGCCUCGUUCAGAUCACCAACCAUCUCCAAUGAUAAGUGGUUAUCAGGAUUCCCUAAACAAUUCUCAAAAUCAGACUCUGUCAGACGCUUUAAAAAUGAGUCACGAGGCUGUAUAUUCAGGUCAGGGUGGGCUUAUGUUUGACAAUAUUAAUCCAUAUGAAACAUUCUCCAAUCAGUUGGGUAUUGACAAUGUUCGGCAGGAUGUGUAUGCUAAUGAUGAACAGUAUAUAUCAUACAGUCAGUUUGUGAGUCCUAAUAGUGUGCUAGAAAUGCAGAACCCUUCUCAGUCGACCAUAGAUCAGGACGCUUUUUCCAAUCUUAUGACUGAUUACGAUCGUGAUGCAUUGCAACAAAAAAGACAAGCUGAGGAGAAUAAUUUCUCUCUAACAGUAAAUGUUGAGCCCAGUCAGGAUGAGGAAUUCUCGCACCUGGCCCAACCAAUGACAGAGAAGAAAGACUCCAGGCCUUUAUCUAGCUCAGUGAACGCUUCAAUGCCCCAGCAUGCCCCACCAGCCGCUCCUAAACCCAUAGUUGGUAAGGCAGGGUCAUCAUUUAUGGACUCGUUUUUAAGCUUUAUUGGGGGAAAGAAACCAGAGACAUUGUCUAGCAUGAGUAGUGCCAUUAUUCAAAAUAAACCUCAAUUACCAAAGUAUAUUCCUGAGCCACCGAGGCCUAAACCUCCUCCACAAAGUGCUAAACCAAACUCAAUUUGUGAUAAGAAAAGUUCUGGUAUAGUGACGUUCUCAGAUAGUAGUGAUACGGAAGAAGAACGAUCAAACUCAAAAGCAGUGAAAAAGGCCUUAUCGUCAUUAGGAAAAGAAAGUACUAGUGGUGUUAAAAUGACCGGUGGAUUGACUAUGAAAAUAAACCUAAAUAGUGUAAAAAAAGCGGAAGAAAAGGCCAAGAAAGCUCGACAGAGAAAACCAGCUCCGAUGCGCCCUAAGAAACCUAAAGAGCGAAAGUUUGGGUUGAAAGAAGAAUUCAAGGGAGGUAACUUGUCUGACGAAGGAAGCCAAGAGCUUUUGCCUGCACGAGAACUUUCAUCCAGAAAGGCUAAAGAUGUCAAAGGAUGCUUUAUUUCAGCCAAGUAUGUAGUGGAUUCUGACUCAGACUCUGACACGCUGAAGCCAAUACGGAAACCUGGGGAGGAAAGUGCCAGUGAACAUUACGACUCAGAUGAUGACCCGGCGUGGACGCCAGCCUUCGACGGGGAUACAAAGAAGACAAACACCUUGGAUCUUAGUUUAGAGGGUAAAAGGAAAAGAUCAAAGGGCAAGCCUAAAAGUUCUUGGCUCGACUCUUCCAGUCGUCCUAGCAAGAGUUUUAAGGCGGCCCCUCCUUCCUACGUUGAUUUGGACAGUGACGAUGACAAUACAUCGACCAGCCAAACAAGUAACAGUGCAGCUAACGGAGACCUCAGGGUAGGAGAGUUUGUAAUGGAGAAAAAGGACCUUACAAACACGGAGACAUUCCCGAUCUGGAAGAUUGAGACAGGGCGCAUGCUGCACAAGUUUGAGCUGUGUACUGAAAACUCCAAAAUACUCCAUAGGGCCAUUCCUACAUUUUCCAGCUGGUUGCCGUCGAUGCAGGGUAACUACCAUUGUGUGCGGGUUCGCCCGGUAAUGCGGCAGGGAGACCAAGAACAUGUUGAGGUGUUUGAGGAAGAUAGACCCAAACCUGCCAUUGACAGCAGAAUGGAGGAAAAAUAUGAGGAACACCCUCUGGUUGAAUCAUUCAACGUGUACAUGCAGAUCUUCCUCAGUCAAGCGCUGGAGCCAGGCUUUCUCACUGCAAUCACUGGUGAGCAAUUCUACAUGGAAGCCAUGAAGAAUAUAGACCAGGCUGUGACAGUGAGACUUCAGGAGAUAGAGGAAGUGGUGAAAUGGCGGGAGAAGUUCAAGGAGAUGGUGAAAUCUCGGCCACACAUUCGGGAGCUUGACAGGCCUAACCUCAAACAGUCGUGUCAGGCAUGUGAGUUUGCGAGUCAAGUAGCCAUCAAGUCUGUACACCUGUUUGGAAAUCCAUAUGAUAGAUACACCCUCGCAGAAAUCACACCGGGGGGAAACCCGGCUCCUGUGGAGUUCAUGAUUGGGAAGACAGCUGCCAAGUAUGUGAAGACAUAUCACAACCUCUACCACUACAAGUAUAACCUCUUCAAACGCUGCCAAGCAAAGGUUACCAUUCUCCAAGACAGCAACGCUGGUGACAACGCUGUCAUACUGGACCAGUGUCUACAAAACAGGGCCUGGGUACUUCAGUUGUUUGAGGAUCUAAAGAAGCUAUUGGAGAAAGGUUGAAGGCCCGUGUGUAGGCCCCUCAUAUGUAAUCUCCAGUGCUCAAUGUGUUCAGCUCAUCAUCCAAUACACUCGCCGGCCCGCUACAUAUCACUCUUGAAUAUACAACAUUCUCUUUCCUCCACCUCUAGGGCAUAACAUGCUGGUGUAUGGAACUGAAUUCAUUCUCUCUCAUUCAUCAUUAAAUCCAUUGUCGGAUAUCCUGUACUACAAUUGCCCUCUGCCUUGCCAUGUACCGUGAGAUAUUUAGAAAAAGGGAUGCACAAAUUUAGUUUUAAAGAUUUAUAACAGUCUAAUGUAAACACUUUAUUGUUGAAUACCAGCAAGAACAUGAUUACUCUGUUUUAAUACCCCAGUAUAUACUUUAGGUUAUAAGCUGUAGAAAAAUUUGAUCUAGAAUUAUCUGAUUCCCUGACAGCUGAGUUGGUAGUGCCUCAGUCCUGACAGUGAGGCGCAAAAAAAGUUGCAGUAGUAGGGUUGUCAACUUGUGUCACACCAAAACAAUAAAACCUUGUCAUUUCAAUUUAAUUAAAAUAAAAACACUGUCAUCCAAUGGUACUGGUGUAGAUUUAUCAGAAAAUGUAUACAGUGGUAGCCAACAAUGUUGUAGGGUACCAUAAUAAAUACUGAUGUAUGAACGGAAUGGUUCUGACAGUUUUGAGUAUUAUAGUAUUCUGUACUUAAGUAUGUUGUUAAAAGGUGUUCAGUUUAAUAUUUGUGAUAAAUAUAUUAUGGGUUAUCUUUCCUUGUUUCUGUGACGUUACCUUGAAUUUUACAGUUGUUUAGAUGUUCUAAGAAGAACUUGUAAACAUUUAAACAAACACUACAUAUGUACGGUUGUAUCUGGCAUAACUACAGUUGUAAUAGUUAUGGUCUGUCAUCAUUUUAGUCAGUGAAACCUUAAAUUAACUCAUCACAUAUUUUUCUGUCAAAGACUUAGUUCACUGCCUUAUAUCAUUUGCCUUUUGACACAAUUAAAUUUUAGAAAUUGAGUUUUUAUUUUGCAUUUGCAUAUAAUUUUAUGUUAUUUAUAGAAUAUACCCAGUGCACUUCUAAUUCCAAACAUCUGCUGAUUCAGAGUUCAUGGCCAACUUUUGGCCAAUAAAGGUCUUCAAAUGCAUUCUGGCAUCGUGUGACAAAGUUUUAAAAUGAGGAAAUUAUUAUUUGUUUUUAACAGAUAUUGUUCCAUUACUCUGUUGUGUGGUUAACUAGUCACUGAUUAUUAGGGUCAUAGCAUGUACAUGUAGGGUACGCUGUACGCUGUGUGUACUGUUAGUGGAUUUUGUUUAUUAGUUACUAUUAUCAUAAUUUUAUUCCCUCUGUAAUAACCUUAGUUGAAUGUUAUUUUUACUGAGAUAUAUGUACAUGAGUGUAAUACCUUACUUUACCCUGAAAAAAAAACUAGAAAAAUACCUGUUUUGUGUUAGCCACCCUAAAAUUGCAAACAAAAACAUCAUCUUCGUAUCUCUGUGCAUAUUUUUGGAAAAGUUACAUAAAUUAUGUUUGUAUUUGGUUCAUGAAAAAUGCCUUUGCCUUACAUGGAAAAUGAUAAGUCUUUACUCCUUUCCAAAGUAUAGUGCUCGGGGUUGUUUUGUGUUGUUGUUGUUGUUUGUUUUUGUUUUUUUGAGGGGGGAAUUUGUUGUCAAUUUUGCCACAUAAAUUUCUUAAACUCAAAAAAUCACACAUGACAUGGUACAUUAUAGCUUUUACUUUUAAAGUCCAAUUUAAUACAAUGUAAGUAUUUUAGUAGUUAAAGAUAUAAUGCCCACAGACUUGAUGUACACAUUGUUCAAGUUUUCUCCAAAUUUUGAAGUUAUUUAAUUUGUUAUUGAUGAUUUUAUACUUGUUGUUGUUGUUGUAACUUUUUAAUGCUUGGUCACCAGUCUAGUUAAGGGAAGCUACUGGUUCUUGUGUUCACUUUGUUUUCUGUUACGUGGCACUGACCAUUGCUUCGGUUGCUGAACUCGGCGGAAAUUUACAACCAAUUGAGGCUGAACUGUAACAUAAAUAUUCAGUUUAAAUAAAAGAAAAAGAAAAUGGCUUAAAACUGUUCCAAUCCAGUAGAUAUAAUGUAAGAUUUUCUAACGAGUCAAACUGCAGAUCUAGGUAGGGAUAAAUUAAGCUUCUAAAUGUUGGAAAUGGAGAAUGGAGAAUUUCUGCAUGUUACAUGUGGUAGCAAACCUUUGGGAGCAAUUCAAACAUGCAUACUAACACUCCAACUAGGAUAAUGUAAAAAUAUUGUUAUAGUGCACAAAAUCUGGAUCAGAAUAAAUAUUAUAAAAAGCUGCAUUAUUUAUCUGCUGGUGAAAUAUGGUUCACUUUGAUAAUGAUCUUAUUUGAUUAUCUUGGUUCUUUUGUUGAAUGAGUAUAUUACUUAAAUAUUUGUCAACCUUAGUGCAAUUGUAACAUUAUUAUGUACACCUUAAACAUAAUGGGAGUCUUAUCAAAGAUGACAUCAUAUGAUCAUGUUUGGAAUCGGCAUCACUGAGUCAGAGAAGUAAUUAUAUUAAUUUAAAAAAAUCUAAGAAGGAAUAUAGACCUAGAUUAUUUAAUUGUAUAUGAUUAUAUAAAUUUGCAAGUCAAUCUUUCAAUUAAAUUGGUUUACUUGAAAUUUUUGACAUAUGAUAUAGGUAUUGUUGUAUGUUUUUUUUUAAGAGGGUUCCAAUGUUCCAAAGUUAUCAACACCUGAUCAUAGAAAAAUCUAGGGUUAAAAAUUGGAAGUGCAGUUAUGUAACUUAGAUGUAUAUGGAUAUAUAGCGGUGGUUAUAAUCAUGGGCAUUGUAUGUUCAAAGAUAUACAUUCAUUUGAUAGCUUAACAGUGCACACAUAUUUCAUUCACAUUUAAGAACUACUUUUAAGUUUACUAUUUCGAAAGAGUUAUACUGAAAAACGCUAUAAAAAUGUAAGUGGUAUUUUUAUACUGUUGAUUUUUUACACCAAAGGAGAUCUUUUUUAUACCAGUAUGUAUUAAUUGCAAACUGAGUCUGCAAAUUUGUUGUUUUUCAUACACAAGUCAUUAUUUUUCAAACCAAUUGAGUUGUAAGAUAACACUAUUUCUGACCAAACCAUAUUCAGAACCAUUUGUAUAUUUAUCUGUGUUAAUUUAUUCAUAUUUGUAUGUUCUGGCUUUAUGUUCAAGUAUUUUGCAUUUUCACAAUUGUACAGUGUUAAAUGUAUUUGUAUAAAUUACGUAAGUUGUUUUCUAAGCAGAUGACUAUUACUGUUAAAAAACUAUAGAGGUAUGUAGUACAUUUAUCAAAGUAGAUCGAUUUAUCUUUUGUAAAUAUCCACUUCCAUUACUUGUACACACUUCUGUGAUUCUACAUUUGAAGUAAAUGUACUAAACGAUA